UGGGCAUAAAGCCAACAUCUUAACAAUUUUUUAACUAAGAACUGGCUAACCGCCCAUGUGUGUAGUCUUCAAACUUCUCAGCUCACUCUUGCUCCAAAGAACAGGAUGGUCUUCGUUUUGCCCACAUACCCAACUUUCACUUCGACUAAUGCCACCACAUUUUUAUCCUCAAAUCUUUCUUUUCACAGUCUUCUGGCUAGUUUUAAGCUCCGCAGAUACAAGGGAAUCACCUGUCCAGGAUACAAAAAUUCAGGAAGGAUUCGAGUCAGAAAUGAGCUUAACAGUAGCCUAGACUUGCCUGAAGAUUUAGGAUUGGAUCAACCUCCGUCUAAAAAGAAGAGAGAAGGUUCAGACCUUCAAACACUUAUCAAUAGGUUUUGGAAGGUUGCUGCACCAUAUUGGACAUCUGAUGAUAAAGUUCAAGCUAGAUUAAGACUUGGUAGUGUAUUUGCUCUCACCUUGGCCACUACAGGAAUCAGUGUUGGGUUCAAUUUCCUUGGACGAGAUUUUUACAAUGCUCUAGCCAGCAAGGACCAGGAGCAGUUCACAAAACAACUUCUGUAUUAUUUAGGGGCUUUUGCUGGAGGAAUUCCGGUUUUUGUCCUGAGAGAUUAUGGAAAGGAGACACUUGCUUUGAGAUGGCGGGCUUGGAUGACAAGCUACUAUUUAGACCGUUAUUUUGAGAACCGAACUUUCUACAAGAUACAAUCACAAUCACUCAUAGACAAUCCAGAUCAACGGAUUGUUGAUGAUAUCAGCUCGUUUACUGGGACUGCUCUUUCAUUUUCUUUGACACUAUUUACAGCAGCUGUAGAUUUGAUAUCUUUCAGCAACAUUCUCUUUGGAAUUUAUCCACCAUUGUUUGUGGUACUUAUUGUUUAUUCUCUUGGGGGAACAGCUAUCAGUGUCCUCCUAGGAAAGGGAUUGGUCUCACUGAACUUUAUGCAAGAGCAAAAGGAGGCAGACUUUCGAUAUGGGCUUGUACGCAUCCGAGAAAAUGCCGAGUCAAUUGCCUUCUAUAGAGGUGAAGGGAAUGAAAUGCAGUUGCUUCUUCAGCGUUUCAAAGAAGCUUUUGAAAAUUUAACUCAAUUAUUGAUUUCAUCAAGGAACUUGGACUUCUUCACUAGCGGUUACCGUUAUCUUAUUCAAAUUUUACCUGCAGCAGUCGUGGCUCCUAUGUAUUUCUCAGGAAAAAUUGAAUUUGGAGUGAUAAACCAAUCGUACUCUGCUUUUAAUCACGUCUUGGGAGACUUCUCAUUAAUUGUCUACCAGUUUCAAGCUAUUAGUGCUUUCUCAGCCGUCAUUGAUCGAUUAGGUGAGUUCAAUGAUAUUCUGGAUCAAAGCAAUGCACAGGUGAUAGAAGAUUCCAAACCACAGAUAACUAUUCUGAAGUCUGGGAUGAUGUAUGCUGGCACAUCUGGCUCAGAAUCAAAUGGAGCAGCUAAUUUUCAAGUUUACCCAAAACUUUUGGAAAUUGAGCAUUUAACAUUACAAACACCACAAUACAGUACAACCCUUAUUGAAGAUUUGUCAUUGGUGAUCUAUAAAGGAGAUCAUUUACUAAUAAUGGGUCCAAGUGGAAGUGGUAAAACAUCUCUAUUGAGAUCCAUUGCUGGUCUAUGGUCUUCUGGUAGAGGCACCAUUAAAUUCCACCUAAAUCAGAAUAAACAAGAGCUCAGCAGUUCCAUUCCUGGGGGACUGACUGACAGUAAACAGCUACUUAAUGAAGAAAAACCCCAGACACAGGACAAGGAGCAGGAACCGUUAGAUUUAACUGUAAGAAGCUUUGAGUCACUCCUUUUCCUUCCUCAAAGGCCUUACAUGGUUUUGGGAACACUACGUCAGCAGCUGCUUUACCCUACAUGGAUUGAAGAUCUUAUUAGUGUUGAAGAAACAAGUAAAAGCAAAGCUUCUUUACCGUUUUCAUUGCAAAAUUCAGCAUCAAUAAAUUCUGGUUAUGAGCUUAAAUCUGUACCAAACGAGGAUGAACUUGUGUGGGUAUUGAAGCUUGUACGCCUUGGUCAUCUAUUGAAACGUUGCAAUGGUUUGGACUCUAGUGUUGAUUGGUCAAGUGUACUUUCUCUUGGUGAACAACAACGACUUGCAUUUGCUCGAUUGCUACUUGUACAGCCAGAACUUGCUUUGUUAGAUGAAUCUACAAGUGCACUUGAUGAGGUCAAUGAGGCUCAUCUGUAUAAAGAGAUUGAAGCUGCAGGGAUUACGUAUAUAAGCAUCGGACAUAGAAGUACACUUCCCAAUUUUCACAAACAGAUUUUGCGGUUGGAAAGUCCUACAUCUCCUAGUUGUGGGCGUAACUGGAUACUUGAACCUCUUGAUCAAAAUAAUCUAGGCUUGACAAAAUCAGCUGUUUAACUGUAAAUAUUUUCCUUGUGGGCUAAAGUAUAUAUUCACUCAUAGAUCUUGCAGCUGAUCACUCUGUGAGCAAGUUAUUUUUUCUCUCUUUGAAUCAGAUAGAAAAUUGAAAACCAAUAAUACUUUACACUGUAAAAUAGCAGAUGACUUCAUGUAUUGCAUGAGGUUUCUAAGAUAUAUAAUUGAAAUAUGAUAGAGAAACAAGUUCUGUUUUGUACGGUUGAUUGGUUGUAUAAUGCAACGGGUAAUUGUGCGGGGCUUGGUGGAAGACAACUAGAAAACAACAGAUUCCUGAUGUUAUUAUUUGGAAAAUGAGAAUUUUUACUGAGCAUCAUUGUAGAGAUAAGAUGUUGAUGUCCGUAUUUUGAUAUGAUAAAAUCUCUUUUAUUUUUUGUGA